AUGGUUCCUCCAGAAAAGAAAGCUAGGACUGCUGGUUAUACUCUGUACUAUUGGUCAGGCAUACCAGGACGAGGCGAAUUCAUCCGCCUCGCAUUUGAGUAUGCUGGCCAGCCAUACGUAGAAAUGAACGACGCCAAAUCGCUGCUCCCGACGAUCAAGAACGUCUCGAAGAUCGGGCACCCAGUUCACUACGCCCCGCCUGUACUUGAGCUCCCUUCAGGCCGCGUGAUCUCGCAGACCUCAGCGAUUCUCAACCAUAUUGCGCCGAUACUCGGCCUCGCGGGAGAGAUCGGUAGCAAUGUCAUAAAGACAGACCUAAAUGAAGAAGAGAGGGAAAAGGCGGAGGAAGAGCGAAGCUCUGUCAACCAGCUGGUCUUGACUGUGUUGGACUUGUGCAACGAGACGCACGACGUUCACCACCCUAUAGCGGUGUCAAAGUAUUAUGAGGACCAGAAGGACGCAGCAAUUGAGCGUGCGGCAGACUUCCGUGCCACUCGCAUUCCUAAAUUUUUCGAACAUUUUGAGAAUGUCCUCUCAACUAAUCCAGCAACAGCCAACCUUGAUAGAACAUACCUCAUCGGAAAGCAGACGACCACUGCAGACCUGGUCCUAUUCCAUGCUGUUGAUGGGCUGCUCUUUGCGUUCCCGAAAAGACUGACUGCGAUCCGCGAGAGUGGACAGUACGACAAUAUCUUCAAGCUGCAUGAACGCAUCGUGGGUGAGAAGGGUAUCAAGGAAUACAUCGAAAGCGGACGGAGACAGGCAUUCAACAUGGGCCUGUUCAGACACUAUGAGGAGCUUGAUGGAGAGGAGUAA